AUGGAAAUAAAAGAAAAAGAUAAGGCAACGCUCAGUGAUCAAUCUUACUGUUCUCAUCAACAACAAAUAAAUAAAGAAGAUGAGAUCACUCAAGAGAAAAAACAACCCGUUGACAAAAUGACACUUCUGCAUCAAGCAUUAUCACAAGCUAGCGUUACACGGGCUAAACGUUGCAAGCAGCAACGAUUAGCAUUGUCCGAAAUGAAAAAAUGUGAUAAAAGCAACCAAUUGCAAGCCGAAAAUCGCCUUUUUCAGUCAAGUAGCCCAUCGGAAGAAACAUUUAACGGAACUAGUGAAUUUAUGGAGGCGUGUUCAUCGGCAAUCAAAAAUCACAAAUUAUUUCCCAUUGUUGAACUGAUGUCGAGAAAGUGUGAAGUAGCAACACAGAAUCUGUCGGAAGCAUCAUUUACUAUGGAUGACGUUUUUCAGCAACUGAUGGAAAUGGCGUCGAAUGGUGAUGAAUCACUAGGAAGCAGUGAACUUGAUGUAUUUUUAAUUAAUUCAAUAAUCAUGCUUCGUUUACACUUAUUAGAAUUGGAAAAAGUUGCCGAAUUAUGUGAUGAUUUCAAAACGAAAUAUUUGCAAACGCUAAGGAAGAAAAUAACACAGGAAUCGAUGAUUGGAUACUGUGGUGAUAGCGAUGAUGAAUUAUGUAAUUCAUCACCUGAGCUUUCAGAACAGUCUAAGAAUCGAACAUCACAACAAACAGUUGCAAUGAUGUCUACAUCAAAAGGAAUGCUUUCGAUACCACUUUGGAAUGCAAUAGCUUCACAUUCAUCAUCAAUGCACACUUCGUUAUCCCAACAGAAAAUUUCAGGAUGUUGCACAUCUUCUAACGUUUCAAUUUCAGAGAAAAAUGAUGCACAAGAAUCAGUUGAAGAAGACAGCUGUGAUUCAAAACGAAAAGCGCAAUUACCAGCAAAAGCUGUUGAAUUGCUAAAAACUUGGCUAUUUUUGCAUUCAUCUCAUCCAUAUCCGAGUGAAAAAGAAAAAGCUGUGCUAUCACGAGAAACCGGCUUACAAAUGGUUCAAAUCAACAACUGGUUUAUCAAUGCUCGUCGUAGGAUAUUGGUACAGUCAAAAGAAAGUCCUGAUAUAGAUUUCAUUCAGGAAACAAGUUCUAAUACUGAUUGCGCACUAAUUCCAAAGAGAAUACAAUGCAACAGUGAUGGAAUUCAGAAUGAAAUCUGA